GCUGCUGCUCCAUCUCUCUUGGGUUCAUCGCAUCUUUUUCCUCUCGCCCCUCGUCUUUGUCUCCUCGGAUUGCCAUCUCACUCCGCCAAUUACACAAAAGAAGCAGUGGGAGAGCCGGCGAUGGCGAAAAUGAUCGCGUCUUGCUGAUGUUUUCCGUUUGAUCGCCUCGUUGGGUCCGCUAUCUCGAUCGUAUCGUCCAGCUCGAUCGGGUCUUGAUUUGUUCUCGGUAGUGUUUGUGUGUUUAUUUUACCUUUUUCUGUAAGGGGAAAUAAAAUGGCUGCGGUGGCUGAGAAGGCGAUCGGGGCGGACAAUCAGGUCAUCCACCGCCAGUCACCGGCGGCGGAGACGGAGAGGGAGUACCAGAGGGAUGUGAAGAAUCUGGUGGAUUUGCUCUCCAAAUUGAAUCCGUCCGCCAAGGAGUUCUUCCCUUCUUCUUAUGCUGCCCCCGGCGGUGGCGCCGGUGCCCACCGGGUUUCGGACGGCCGGAUGUCGGCCGAUGCGCCCAUCUUCGUGUCGUGGAAUGAUUUCUAUCACAAUAAUCUAUUGAUGACUAACAAUGGUACUAGUAAGGAUUCCAGCAGCGAUGGAUCAUCGAAUAAUCAGCCCAAUCCCAGAGUAAUUGCAUCGAUUCCUUACUCGACUUUCAACUGCAGAAGAAAUGGUUAUAACCAGGGGAGGAGGAGGACGAAUUAUAGACUUCGAGGAGCUGAGAGGGAGGAUAGCAUUAGGCGAACUGUAUAUGUGUCUGACAUCGAUCAGCUUGUAACUGAAGAAAAGCUUGCUGAAGUAUUUGCGAAUUGUGGGCCAGUAGUAGAUUGCCGAAUUUGUGGUGAUCCCCACUCAGUCCUACGAUUUGCAUUCAUAGAGUUCUCUGACGAGGAUGGUGCGAGGGCAGCAUUAAAUCUUGGUGGGACAAUGCUAGGUUAUUAUCCUCUCAGAGUCCUACCUUCAAAAACUGCAAUUCUGCCAGUGAAUCCAAAAUUUCUUCCUAGGUCUGAAGAUGAGAAGGAAAUGGUUGUAAGGACAGUUUAUUGUACAAAUAUUGAUAAGAAGGUUACUCAAACAGAUGUCAAAGUUUUCUUUGAACGAUUUUGUGGUGAGGUUUCUCGUUUGAGGCUGCUUGGUGAUAAUGUGCACUCAACAUGUAUUGCAUUUGUAGAGUUUGUUCAGGCUGAAAGUGCAAUCAUGGCUUUGAAUUGUAGUGGCACAAUUUUGGGAGCCCUACCUAUCAGGGUGAGUCCUUCAAAGACACCAGUGAGGCCACGCAUACAACGAGCUGCUUCAAACUGACCAGGGUUCGUUAAUAGCGGAACAUUACUAGCAUUCCACCUAGUGAGACCUUAUUGCAAGGUUGUGCUGUAUCGGCAUGCAUUAUCAGCUAAGAAGAUAUAUUCAUCUCCGUAUGAUUUAUCGUCGACCGGGUAUAUCACUCGAGUGGGAACUCAUUGUUGCUUGUAACCAGAACCUUAUUUUAUUUGUUUUCUUUUCCUUUCGGCGGGAGGAGUCAAGGAACCUUGAUGGCUAAUCUUAUUCAUCUGACCGAUCUACACUAUGUUCUAGUACCAAUUGACCAUCGGCUGAUCUCUAGCCCUAUUUAUAUUAUAUGUUCAACCUCUGCUAGAUUCCGGA